AUGCCGUCGAUUGACAAGGCCACCGACAACGGCGAGCUCAAGCAGCGGCAGCCGGAGCAGGAGCUGGUCUGCGUCACGGGGGCCGGAGGCUUCAUCGGCUCCUGGGUCGUCAAGGAGCUCCUCCUCCGUGGCUACCGCGUGAGAGGAACCGCCAGGGACCCUGCUGACCGCAAGAACGCGCACCUGCUGGCGCUGGAGGGGGCCGAGGAGAGGCUCACCCUGUGCCGCGCCGACGUCCUCAACUACGACGGCCUCCGCGCCGCCUUCCGUGGCUGCCGCGGCGUUUUUCACAUCGCCGCGCCUGUCUCCAACGACCCCGUCAGUACACAAACUUUGCUCUGCUCACUUAUUUUAGUUUCAGCAAGGGCCGCGUACUUACAUGUUACAUGUGCUGCCGGUUUUUGCAGGACCUCGUGCCGGUCGCCGUUGAGGGCACCAGGAAUGUGA